AUGCAGAAACCAAAACAAUUUGUGCUUUGUGCAGGCAGAACAACAAUGUUGCCCUGCUACGGUGCUCGGGUUUUUGUUUUAUUAAAAUAUUUGUUCGUACUUUCGUGCUGUUUCGCAUCUAUUUCCACUUCCGACAAUGCUUCCGGGACCAUUACCACCACUGACCUACCGAGUUUGGAGUUAGCGCAAGAGGUCGUAGAGUUGACCGUCCCGGUAGCGCUAAAGCCAAACGAUAUCAACGAUUAUCGCGAAAUCGUCCUGCAGCCGUACUCGAAUACGCGCAUUCACAUUGCAAACUAUUCGAAAAAUGCUGGCGAUUCCACCGGCUAUGCUCUGGUGCAGCUGAAUGCAUUUGAGUACAAUGUUACGCUCAGUUACAACAGCUCCAUCGUGGACGGAGGACAUCUGACGGGACAGAAUGUUGGACUGUUAAUGUACGGCGAUGGUGAUCUGUACGCGUUCAAUUUGAACCCUCAUCAGGCGGUGUGGGUUUCGUUGGUACUGAUGCUGUACAACACCUCGGCACCGAUCCCGGGCGGAUGUAAUCUAGAGUUCCCGGUCGAAAUAUCACCCAUCCUCAAUUUGACACUUACGCCGGAAACCAUCAUUGUCGACACGCCGGCAGCAUCGGUCGCCAAACCGUUUCAGGGAUCACCGAACGCAUGCGGGAAGGCACGGUUGGAAUAUGAAUCGUACUAUUACAUCAUGCCUGCGCAUGAUUUUUCGCAAAGAGCUUAUUUUUCCGCGAUUCGUAACGUGAUAAGCUAUGCGAACGCGAAAUUUGCCGGCCGACAAAAUAGUUUGCACGACCCGCUACUAGCGAACCGCCACACAUACGGCCGUCUAAAUGGUCAUGGCAUGGUGUUCGUUACGGCAGUGAUUGAUCCCGUACAUCGCGGGUUUGCGCUGUACGUUCCAACACACACGUACUCGUGCAAACCGUUCCUAGAUCCGGCCGGAUGUUAUGGUUUGAACAUUCCGAUUCGUCUGCUUGCUGUUGUGCUGACGAUUGUAGCGGUCCUGGAAGUGAUCAUGGGAUGGUUGCCCAUUGUAGUAAAGUGUCCCGCAACGGUGGGCUGUUUGGGAAUGUUGGCAACGGUUGAAGUAUUGAACAUGCUCGAUAAACCGCUGGCACAGGAAUGGAUUAUAAUAUGUCUGGUAGGAGGAGCGAUUGUAGGUGCUGUAGUUGGACUGCUGCUGGGUAUAUAUGCGCCAACAGCAGGGAAGGUUUUCUGCUCAUUCCUGACCGGUUACCUCAUUUGUCUGACUCUGUUCGGUGUUAUAAAUGGCAAUUUUUACGUUUUACCGAAUGUUUCGUGGUACGUCGCGCUGGGUGGCAUAGUAAUUGGUGCUAUCCUGAAUCUGGCCCUACCAAUCAUACUGAUCACGCGCUCGGUAAUAUUCGGUACCAUCUUCAUUUUCUACGGAAUAAAUGUGAUUGUCGGCGCACGGUUGGACUAUCCGUUGCGGCACUUCGUACGUCGGCUGUACGUGGAAAACUACGACCGUGUUUACUCGGAUCCAGCCCUGGAUGAGAACGAUUUUGUUGCACUGGCGGCAUUUGCUUUCACGAUGACAGUGGCCCUGUUCUUACGCUCCCGCUACCAGUCGGAGGAGAUGCAGGGUGAUUAUUCACGCAUUGCAAUUCCCUGCCACAACGGCCCUGCCAAUGGGGAUGAUGAGGAUCGCAUUGAAAGAAGUACGGUGAUUGCGGCAGAUGAUACAGCGGCAUACCAACGAUUCUUCAACGAACAGCCCAUCAUUACACGGUGGACCAAUGGUGAUGACGAUGUGUUUGAAUCACCCGAAAGCAACUCUCGAUUCUAUCGACUGUUACGGCGCAAUGCCAGAAGAUAA